CAACUCUCCCUCCCGUAUCCCGGCAAAAACCACGCCACGAUGGUAUCUUAUCGCGAACAGAGAUUCUUUCUUUUGCCUUCAGGGCUAUAAGAGACUGAGCACGAACGUCGUGAUCGGGGUAACACCACUUCGACUCAUCCACGCGCUGCGAGGAAAAAACUUGAAGACACCUUAAGGAUCUGUAAAGUGUAGGUAUCAUCCCGUCUGACCAUCAGGAUGGACCCCUUUGUCAUCGAUUAGGCAAUUAAUUACCCUCUCCUGGCCACAAUUGUUUCUAUGGGAAUGGGGCCGCUCAGGCGCAGACCUUAGAUAAACACCUAAUGCAACCAUACAACACGGCUGUGUGGUGUGGAGGGUUGGGUCGGGGCUGCCGUUGCCAUGGAGACCGAGGCGCCGCACAAAAGGCACGCGUGUGUGUGGCAAUGCAAAUUUUCCGUGCUCGGUGCUCCCGACCGCACAACAUACACCGAGCCGACCCGGAGCCGUGUCUCACUUGCUCCGGUGUCAGUCAGCCAACACAGACGCAUCGGUAGGAGGGCUAUAGAGCAGACUGUGUGUACAAACGUACACGUACACACGCACACACGCACCGGCUAGGGCAGCAGACUCCACCUCCGCGGACCCUCCGGGCCAAAAAUGACUCAAGGUGAAGAAAAUGCCAUUUGCGGACGAGCGGAGCGAACUCUGCAGCAGGCGCGGAAAUGUAAGAUGGCCCAGGGCAGCGGCGGUGCAACGGCGGACGCAGACGUCAAAACCCUCCUCAACUUCGUCAACCUCGCGUCCAGUGACAUCAAGGCGGCGCUCGACAAGUCCGCGCCGUGCAAGCGGUCCGUGGACCACAGGAAGUACCUCCAGAAGCAGCUGAAGCGGUUCUCGCAGCGCCGGGUGCUGCCGCGCUACGUCGCGAGACCAGUCAAGGAUACGACUUCUUUCCUUAAAAGGCGCCCCGAGAGCACGUCAAGUGUCAAUUCGGAGAGCAGCGGCAGCGGGAGCGAGUCGUGCUCCGAGUCGGGACCGAUUUUACCAGAGAACUGCAACCCUAUCGACCUGAGCAUGCCUGACAAGGACCAGCCGGUGGAGAAGGACCAGGAGCUGGGCCUGCAGGACCCGGCGGCUGCGGACAGCGUGCCACUGAGAAAGCGGGCCCUGCCGGCGUCCUUCUGGCAGGAGCCUGGCGUUCAGAAGGGCCAGUCGUCGGGCUCGGGUGGGAGUCCGUCCGCGGAGGAGUCUGAGUGCAGCCCGGGAAAGCAGGACGCCAAACCCACUGGGGAAACUACCUCGGUACCUCCCAGGAUUACCAACCACGGUCUGGACAGAUUUCCCACGGCGGUACCGCCGGCGCCGCUCGGGUACCUGCCCUACCACGGAUACCGCCCGUACCUCGGGUACGUCCCCCCUCCUCCCUGCGGGUUCGACCCCACGCAGUCGCUCGGACACUCCGCUCAGGGCCUGGCGCAGGCGCCUGGACUGUGCCCACGACCAAAGGAAGCUGCGUGCUCGUGCUGCCUUGGGCAGAACACUACCGUGUCGGCAGCGUACAGUCGUUUCCCGUACGGACAUCAUCACCCCGGGUACGUGUCGGUGCCUCACAGCCCGCUGGCGGCACACGCGCCCUACUCCCCGCCCUGGGAACGGACAAACCCUCCCUCAUCAUCAUCCUCCUCACCAACUACAACAAAACCCAAAAUAUGGAGACCGAUCCCCACAAAAACUGUCUCAACCUUCCCGACGAGAUUUCAUCCCCUUCACAUGUAGGAGUGGGAAAAUUCAGACAUUAGUUCUCAGUCCUACUGUGCGGUCUUUUCUUCCAAGGGAUUAUGAUUCUAGUGUGGAAGAUUCAGUAUCGUGACUCUGCCUUCGUCUCUUGUGUGUUGAAGUGUGUCAGGAUUUAAAAGGGUGAGCCAUAAAGAUGUAGGGAGAAGAAGAAUGUGGUUGUUUGUCCAGAGAACAUAUCCCACAGCAUCCCGAUUAAUUUGAGCUUCUGUGCGGCACGACAACCUGUGGGCAGAGCAAACCGGUUUAUUUGCGCCAAGUUUUUCACCCGGCUGUAUAUUGGCCAAUAUUGACUGAUUAAUCCGUGCUCAAACACGCACCGCACGGCCCCGGAAACCCGCUGACCCGGGAGAUCGUGUUCCGCCGCACUGCUCGUAUUUCUGCCCGUCUUCACCGCAGCAGACAGGAAAGAUUCGCAGGAGUUCUUCUCUCGGUAGCCCGGGGGCACAACACAACCCGCCGCCCGACAAACUUGUCCCACAGACUGCUAAUGUGACGGGUAGAGCGCGUGUCCAUCUGAACUUUCGAUCUAUUUAAGUCACUCCUAGUGGGACUCCAGUUCAUUGGUCGGUUGCCAUAUCAGUGCUGUACGCUGGUAAGCGUCGAUACAAUUCACAACAUCAAACUGACUUUAAUAGACACUUUUUCUGUAUAAGUACAAAGUAAGUUUUUGGUUUAACUUACAGAACCAUCUUGUGAAUUUUUGGUUUCUACCUACAUUGUUAACUUAAAUGUGUAUUAUUGUGUUGCUGGUAAAUUGUUUGUACACUAUUAUUCUAAGACGUCCAGGCUUUCAUAUUUUCCUUGUCUCAUUUCCAAGUUCUAGAUCCGCCUUUAGUCGUGACAAAACUCUGCCUGGAGCAGACGACAGUUUACAGUAACUUGUUGAUAGACUCGCUUGUGAAAACUUGAUUCUGCGGAUUUAUGUGAUCCUCCCUUCUUUGUGUAAAGCCUGUAUACUGUUAUUGUGACGAACUGUUUAUGUGAGAGGGACUGGUGGGUGGAUGUAAAACCUUCGCAAUCCCAUCCAGAAUACACCGUCAAUCGAAUGGAAGACUGUAAUGUAUAUGUGUGGUUUUUCUUUUAGUACAUGUAUUUUAAAGUUAAUCUAUACUACGUCGUAGUUUGCUUACCUUUUUGGUCAGAGAUGGUGCGUCUUUUUGAGUUGUAACGCCUGUAUUUUCAGUGGGUGUUUUCGGGAAGAGUAAAAAGUUGUAAGCUAUACAAAACAGCAAAAAGGCGUCCAAAUCCGGGGCAAAGCCACACAUCCGGUCGGAGGUAAACCCGUUUGUGAGCCCGGUCUCAGGACCGCUGUUUAUUUACAACCUUGUGUUUACGUCCCUCACGCCUCCCGUGUACCGCCCAGUAAUUAUUCCGUCUCAGCUGACUGUGAAGAGUUGUUAAUAACCACAAUAAAGGAGAUGGACACCCUCGAUAAGCACCCGGAGGUGAUUAUUAACU